AUGAGUUGCAAAGCUGGAGAAUCGAGUGGAAGGAAAGGAGGUUGCGGAUUUCCUUCAAAGUGUCACUGCGGGUUAUAUGUGGUCAUUUUUACCUCGACCACGAAACAGAACCCAGGAAGACCUUUCUUCCGUUUUCCAACUAAAGGAGAUGAUCAUCUGUUCAAAUGGGUUGAAGAUGGUGUGUAUGAGGAGGUUUCAGAUGCAUUACCAAAAUUAAGCAUGAUUGAAAACGAGUUAAACAAUGCUAAAGAUGAGGUUGAUGUCGAGAUAGAAGGGUUAAAGAGUAUGAUCGAUGGAUUGAAGGCUGAUGGAGGUUGUCUUUGUGGUGCUCUAGGAGGUUGUCUUUGCAAUGCUCUAGGAGGUUGUGAUGCUCUUUGA